GUGUCGUGUUUCUGACUCUGAUCUGAUGUACCAAACAACAUCUACUACGAGUACUUCUUCAACAACACAAAAUAACUCCUCCAAUUCAACGUUUAAGAUAAGAAGAAGGGUUGAGGUUUCAAGUUUCAACUCACUAUGUCAAACUGUUGACUGACUCAUUCCAAAUUUAUUUGCCUCUUUCUCUUUAUUGUAUUUCUUUUAUUCUUCACUUUAUAAAGUGAAAAGAAAAUAAAAUCGGGAGAAAAAAGAAGAAGAAGAAGAAUAAUAAGAAAGAACAGAGGAGUUUCCUAAACACACUAGUAUGGCUUUGGGUCACGAACCAUCGUACUACUACGAAGCUGCUUACUGAGGAGGAUGGCUUUAACAGCUUCGCCUGACCUCGCUUUCCCAAACUCCCAAAUAAUGCCUUCUCCUAAUUCUCACAACGACUCUAUCUCGGUCUUUGGCUGCACGCAUAGUAGUAGCAGUGGCACUACCGUAAAUACUAAAUCCUUUUCCGAUCUCGGAGAGCGUCGUCUCACGCGGCAGAGGAAGCUCCGCUACGUCACCGAUCAAGAGUUGGGUAUUACCCACUUAAAUGAGCGUUCUUCUCGUUCCUCUCCCACUUCCCCCGACUCCGACCGGAAGUCCAGUUCCCCACGCGCCCGACACUGGUCUUUCUCGGCCGUGCCACAUCCGUUACCGCUCCCUGAUUCUCCUAUGGUUCGGCGACCCGAGUCCGCUCCUGAAGGCUUUGAUUCACCGUUUCGAAGGAAAGACCCAGAUCAAAGUGCCAUAAAGUUGACAAAAACUCCAAGGAAAUGUCAGAGGAGAUUCUCUCAUGAUUCAAAUGUUCAUGACAUCUUUACCCCAAAUGUUGUUUCGACCAAGGGCACUGCGAUUUCAAUUCCAAAUACUUGUCCCGUUAGUCCCAAAAGAUCAAAUACUGGAGACACUUUGUCAUCAUCUCAUGUUCCCAAUAACGGGUUCCCAGUCUCUCCCAUUAGCCCCAAAAGAUCAAACGGUGGAGCCAUUUCCUUCUCUCAUUUUCCCAUUAACCCACCCAAUAUUUAUCGUAAUCUACAGGAACCCACUAGAGCCGAAGUUCAUAACUUGCGAGUCAAUGUCCCAUCAAAGAGUGCUCCCUCUAGCCCACGAAGAUCACGCGCCGACGACCGGGAGUUACAGAAUAUCCUCGCAACCGGUAAUUCUCGUACCCUGUCUCCGGUUAGAAUCCGGCACAGCGUAGAUCAUUAUCCUUCCAACAGCCCUGCUACCAGAAAUGACCAUAAUACCCCUAAGAGUCCAAAGAGAAAUUCGUUUCCCUUUCCUCAUAAUAAUAAAAGACUCUUGACCGAGACUUCGGCGGAGAGGCCUGACCAGAGCAAUUCCCAUCCCAAUGCCCAUCCUUUGCCCCUCCCUCCGGGGGCCACGCUAUCAUCACAGCCUGUUACCCUCCACCGUAACACGGACGUUUCAUCUAUGAAAGGUCAAUGGCAAAAGGGCAAGCUCAUCGGACGUGGCACAUUCGGUAGCGUGUAUAUGGCUAUGAAUCGAAAAACUGGGGCCUUAUGUGCAAUGAAGGAAGUGGAUCUUAUUCCGGAUGAUCCUAAGUCCGCUGAAUGUGUAAAGCAGCUGGAACAGGAAAUUAAAGUUCUCCGUGAACUUGAUCACCCCAACAUUGUGCGGUACUAUGGUUGUGAAAAAAUCGAAGAUCACUUCUACAUAUAUUUAGAGUACGUUCAUCCUGGAUCAAUCAACAAGUAUGUCCGGGAACAUUGUGGAGCUGUGACGGUGUCCGUGGUUCGCAAUUUCACACGCCAUAUUCUCUCUGGAUUGGCUUAUUUGCAUAGCAAACAGACAAUCCAUAGGGAUAUCAAAGGUGCAAACUUACUUGUUAAUUCUUCCGGCGUUGUUAAGCUCGCUGAUUUCGGAAUGGCUAAACAUCUUACAGGACUAUCAUAUGAACUUUCAAUGAAAGGCAGUCCAUAUUGGAUGGCUCCUGAGCUCAUAAGAGCUGUGAUGCAGAAUAGCACCAACCCUGAUCAUGCAUACGCCGUUGAUAUAUGGAGCUUAGGCUGCACCAUCAUCGAGAUGAUGAAUGGGAGACCCCCGUGGAGUGAUUUCACUGGGCCUCAAGCUAUGUUCAAAGUCUUGAACAGAACACCACCUAUACCAGAGACACUAUCAUCCGAGGGAAAAGAUUUCCUCAACAUUUGCUUUAGGAGGAACCCAGCCGAGCGUCUCUCGGCUGCUGCGCUGCUUGAGCAUCCCUUUGUCGUCGUCCGGAAAUCGCAUAAUAAUCAACAUGUUUCGUCUACAUCCAACAACUUUUCUGAAGCAAUGAAGCUUGUGGAUGAUAGAAUGCAUGGUCAAAGUGAUCGCCGUAGCCACCAUAGGGUAGAUUUCUUGUCCUUCUCUCCACGCACAACUCUGCCGUUUAGUACCAAUACCUCUUCUCCGUGGACACUAACGUUAUGAUGUUUGAAGAAAGACACCUUUGUGUGUAUAGAAAGAUUUUUUGGGGUUUAUUUACAAAUAUAUUCCUUGCAUCAAUUCUUGCAAAAUGUACACUCACUGUCACUAUAUAUGAUUUUGGAACAUAACUUAAUAGUUUUGUUUUACUCUGGAACAUCUAAUUUUGGAAGAAAAAGAUCAAAUUAAUUGACAAAAACACACUCCAAUGUUUUGAAACAUGCGUUAUUUCCAAACAAAUUCUAAACAUACAUUAGAACCUGUUUAGAAAUUAUUUAUUUUUCAAACUCGAAAGGAGAAGAGUGUUUUUUUCAGUUGAUUUUUCUUUUAUUCUAAAUUUAUAUGUUUUAGGUUUGAAAUUGAAACUUUAUGUUGCAAUAAUAUAGUGAAAGUGUAGUUGUUCAUUUAAAAAAAAAUGAUAUAUUUGUAAAUGAUCCAAAUCAUCUUGGGAGUUGAAUGAAUUUGCAUUGCUGUUUAUGUCAGAAUCAAGUAGGCAUGGCUUUGCAAGGGAAGCAAGUCGGCUUAGAAUCUCAUACUCUGGUAAUAUGACAGAAGAUUGACUGCAAGAAUAUACAUACAUAUAUAUAGACAUAUAUAUAUAUAUCACUUUUUUUUUCUUUUUCGCUGGGUGAUAUAUAUAUAUAUAUAUAUCACUUGUUUGUGAAUGAGAAACAAUGUAUAUAAACCCCUUGGUUUUGUUUUCUUCUCUUUCAUUUAGUUAAGCCUAUCUUCCGUGAAUCUGCAUCGAUUAAGUUCCCAUGCAUAUUACGACCAUAUGCGAUUGAACUGAGAAUAAAAGCUGAAUAGAGCCAUUGCCGCUCUUCUUCGUUUUCUUUA